ACUUGACGCACCAAGCGUCGUAUAGGGUUUUCCCGGCACCGUGCCGGAGACGGAGAGCAGUGGUUCCAUCUCCCGCGGCGGAGAAUCGGCCAGCGGGGCGCCUCCCUGCUCCGGAAGAAAGAACGAACCGCUUGGCCCCGAGGCGAAGCAACAUUUCGUCUCCGCACGCGCGCCAGAGGAAGAAGACCGCGGGGGAGGAGAGAGAGAGAGAGAGAGCGCGCGCGCGAGAGAGAGGAGGAAAAACAUGUUCAUCCAGAAGGCAUGGAGGACGGCGGCGUUCGGGCUCUAUGGCUUCACCCAGUUCACCAAAUCCGGCUUCGUGGAACACGCCAAGAAAUUUAGAGAAGAGGAUAUGCAGAUCCGGUUGGAUGGGAAAAAUUGCCUGGUAACUGGAGCAAAUUCUGGCCUAGGUUAUGCUACAGCUCAGGGCUUGGCUUCUCAUGGCGCCACUGUUUAUAUGCUUUGCCGUAACAAAGAAAGGGGAGAGACUGCUCUGAAUGAAAUAAGAUCCAAAACUGGCAAUAUGAAUGUUCAUCUGGAGAUAUGUGACCUUUCAUCAAUUAACGAAGUCAAGUCGUUUGCCACAAAAUUCUCUUCAUUGGAGAAGCCACUUCAUGUCCUUGUUAACAAUGCUGGCUUACUAGAGCACAAGCGUACGACUACACCGGAAGGGUUGGAGCUCAAUUUUGCUGUGAAUGUGGCAGCAACAUACACUUUAACAGAGCUAGUGAUGCCACUGUUGGAAAAAGCAGCACCUGAUGCUCGUGUCAUUACAGUUGCAUCAGGAGGGAUGUACACUGAGCCACUGAACACGAAUUUGCAAUACAGCGAAAGCGAAUUUGACGGGACAAAACAAUAUGCUCGUAACAAGAGAGUUCAGGUUGCUCUCACUGAAUGGUGGGCUGAGAAAUACAGCAACAAGGGUGUCGGUUUCUACUCCAUGCAUCCAGGAUGGGCUGAUACACCUGGAGUCUCGAAGAGCUUGCCGGUACUAUCAGAGAAGCUAUCAGGAAACCUGAGAUCGAACGAAGAAGGGGCUGACACAGUGGUCUGGUUGGGUUUGCAACCCAAGGAGAAGUUAGUCCCGGGGACUUUCUACUUCGACCGGGCUGAGGCGCAAAAACAUUUGAAGUUUGCUGGGACUGCAGCAUCCCAUGAGAAGAUAGGUUCGAUUGUUGACAGCAUCCGCUCCAUCUGUAACCUCCCUGCAAACCCAUAAGUUUCUCAGUGAAGGGAUGGAAGUCCUGGACAUGAAAAUAAAAAGAAAUUCUGAAGAAAAAAAAAGAUAAAGAUGCACCAGCCGGGAAUCGAACCCUGGUCUGUACCGUGGCAGGGUACUAUUCUACCACUAGACCACUGGUGCUUUGAUGACAGGCUGUUCCCAUUUCCGUAUGCAUAACGGGUCGUAGAAUUUAGUCUGUUUACAACUAGUGCUACAAGUAUAGUGACCUCGGCGAUUAUUUUGGUACGUACAUCGAUGAUGGGUGCUAGUGAUAGAGUUUUCCUCUGUACUCAUACACAACGGUAUUUUUUCCUUAAAGAAACCAUACAUUUGCUGA